ACAGAAAACUGUAAUUUCACUUCAAGAGGGUGUCUAAUAAUUAAUAAUGUCAAAACAUAACCUAACUUAACCUCAAUUUAUACAAAUUUACACUUUUCUAUACAUUUUAUACAGGAAUUAUACAAAACCGCAAUGAAAUUUGUUUUAAAAGCGACUACAAAGAGUACUUCUCGGUUAGGAUUACUAACCGAGUUCGCAAAUAAACCCAAUUUUUCAAUAGAAACCCCUUUAGCAAUGCUUUAUACAAAAGGAGGUAGCAUUCCACAUAUAACUCACGAAAUUUUUAAAAUAUGUUCAAAAACACCUCAAAUACUUCAAAUUCCAAUCGCAAGCACUUAUCAGUAUCAAGAAAUUCUUAGCGAGCAAAAUGAAAAUAUUAGUCAAUUUGUUGGUUUGAAAGAUUGUGUUAGUUGUGUAACUGUUCAAGAUCCUGGUGAUUUAACUCAACCAGGUCAUCAUUAUAAGGAUCAUGUUCCUGUAUGGACCAGACAUGGUAAAAUCCUUGUAAAUGCAGGCAAAUAUAUGGAUAUAAUAGAAUCAUUUCAACCUGAUAUGUAUUAUACAUUAUCGGACGGUGAUACUAAUGUUGGGAGUUUAAACAAACGCAUUUCUAAAGCUGUCGAUAAUACAUUAAAUUUUUUUAAUGAGUGUUUAGAGAGGCAUCAAAAAUCAGAUAUUUUAAAAGAUACUUGUUUAAUUGGUUCAAUAAGUGGCGGAUAUUGUUUAAAUUCUCGUCAAAAAUGUAUUGAAGGCAUUUUGGAUAAAGAUGAGUAUAUAGGAGGAUAUUUAAUAGAUGGUUUGCAUAAUAAUGGACCUGAAGUUGAAUUUUUACCAAUUGACGAAGUGGAUAAAGUUGUUGAUUUUGUUGUGAAAAAUCUUCCCAAAGAAAAAUUUAAAUCCAUUCAAGGUUGUUGGAAUCCAGUUAAUGUAAUAAAACUGGUUCAACUAGGAAUAGACAUUUUUGAUACAUCCUAUAGCUACAUUGUAACUGAACGUUCAUCUGCUUUAGCUUUUGGAAUGGACGAAACCGACGAAAAUCAAAUUUUCGAAAUAAAUCUUCGACACCCACAAUAUUCAAACGAUUUUAGACCAAUUGUACCAAGCUGUGAUUGUUUAGCUUGUACAAAACAUUCAAGGGGAUAUAUUUAUCAUCUUAUUACAGUGCAAGAAUUAUUAGGACCCCUUUUAUUAACAAUUCAUAAUACACAUUAUUAUUUAAAAUUCUUUGCGAAAAUACGAAGUUGUAUUCAGGAUGGUACUUUAGAACAAUUGGAAACGUUAAUUAAAAGGCAAUUUGAUGAAUACCAAGCAAAAUUAAACAAUGAAAAGAAUAAAGUGGAGGUUUCUCGAUGAUGUUUAAGUUGUUAUUUGGUUUAAAUAAAAUAAAUUAAUUGUUUUAUUAAACAAAA